ACAAAAUUAAAUUGACAACAAUUAUUGUUUAUUAUGUUUCGAAGUAUUCAUUUGUAUUAUUAUUAGAGAUUUGGCUAUUGCGCUAGAAUUUUGUUUAUUGAUAAUAUAUGCUUUGUGUCUAUAUAUAAAAACAAGAAAUUGAAAUUUUUUAAUAUUAUUUUAACAAUUGAGAAAUUGUUCAAUUUGCACGCUUGUCACCAUGUCAUAUGAUAUUAAAGUAGAAAAUAUCAGUGGAUAUCUAGGCACAGAAUAUUCUUCUGGAGAUUCAAACAAAUUGAAAUCCAAACAGUUUUAUCAGGAGGAGAAUAAUAACGAGGUCAAUGAAUUGUCUAAAAACUUCUCUGAAAUGGGCUGUAUAGUAGAUGUUGUUAAGAGACCACCUAACAUAUGUAUCGAGACUUGUGUAUAUGAAGAUGGUGAUUCGGAACACGAAAAUUUAGACAAUGUUAACGAUGAUGUUCACUAUUCCGAUGAGUUUGAAGAGGAAGACGUCAGUGACAUUGAGAAAAAUGAGCCAAACCAAAAGACUGUUUUAAGUAAUAAUACAAGUAGUAUGGAAAUGAAUAAAUCAAAUGCAAAACUAACUAAAAGUCAGUCCUCUAUAUCCAAUAAGCCGCCAUCGGUCUCCGGUAGAUCUACUGAUUAUGGAUCAAUAUCAGUACCUCCAACCAGACGAAUCAACAUGUCAUUCACAAAUGAGAGAUUAAGAGAAAUAGAGAGGCAUAACCACAUUCUACUGAACAAAAUAUUAAGUGCGAGAAACAAACAAAAGUCAUCCAUUCCACCUCGGGACCAGGGGUUGAGAAAGCCCGUCGCCCCUGCCUCUGUACACAGGAAGAUGCAGCAGAGAAAGAUUGAUCACGACAAUAUGAUCCUGUUAAAGAAGAUCCAACGCGCCAAGUCAACGUCCUGCAGCAUUCGUCGUUGAUACAAGAGCGGCGUCCGACCAGCGGGCGCUAUACAGAAGUUUAAUAAAUUUUAUAUCACUGUU